AUGAUUAAUCGAAAAACAAGUCAAGGUCAUACGAUGGGCUUAAUGUAUUGGCAAAUAAAUGAUAUUUGGCAAGCACCAACAUGGGCAACAAUUGAAUAUGGAUUGAAAUGGAAAAUGGGUCAUUAUUAUGUUGGUCAUAUGUAUGCACCUAUUUAUCCUAUCGCUAUUCUUACACCUUAUUUAGCUAAUGUAACAGAUGAAAAUGCUCAAGUUUCAUUUUAUAUUAUUAAUGAACUAUUAAAUAAUACACGUGCUACCUUAAUAUGUUCAUUUUAUACAUUAGAUACAUUCGCUCCUCGUUUAUCAUUUGGAAGUGAUAUUUCAUUUAAUUCACCUGGUAUACAAAAUAUUAUGAAUUUUCCUUAUUCAAGAUUAAUGAGACGUGCUGAUUGUGAACAAAGUUCUCAAUGUAUAAUUCAUUGUUCAUUAAAUUAUAAUCAACAUCAAAUAGGACAAACAUUAUUUUUAAGUCGACCAAAAAAUUAUCAAUUAUCAAAUCCUAAUCUUCAAAUUAAAAGUACUCCAAUAUCAUUAACAGAUUUUAAUAUAACAGUUACCGCUGAUCGACCAGCUUUAUUUGUAUGGCUUGAUACGACAGCUAAUGUAACUGGUUAUUUUUCACGUAAUGGAUUUCAUAUGUUUCAACCAAGUAUGACUAUUACUUUUCAUUCAUGGACACCAAUUGAAGAUUUUGACAAAGCUAAUUUUGAUAUAAGUUAUACUUCAUUGUUUGAUGUUACAUUACCAUGA